CAGCGUCAUGAGGUGAGACAGUCCCAGUAAACCACAGCGCUUAAACAGACUCCACUAGGAGCUAUUUAAAUAUUUUUGUAUUUUUUUAUAUAGAUUUGUUUUCUGUAAUCAUUUGGUAUGGUGAUUGUAUUUUUGUUUUGUAUUAUUACAUUUAUUUUGUGAGAGAGAAAGACAGACAGACAGCUAGCUGGCUACUGUAGCUAGCUAGCUGUUGCCUUUCCCCGAAAUCAACAAGGAAAAACGGAUACCUGCUGUUUCAACCCAGCUGGCAGCGCUGACACACACGGAGACAGAAAAGCAGAAAGGAAUUCAUGUGGACUCCAGUUGGAUGGACCACCCGUCCACGCGGAUACAAUUUAUAUCUGUGUUUAUGUUUUUUUUUGUUUUUUUUUUAAAUGCAAAAUAAAUAUUUGCUUUGAGGCAACUGGGAUAAAGUGAUUGCACGUUUAAUUCAGCCUGGGGAGAUGUGCAAGGAAUAGCAAUGUUUUAAAACCUGUGUCGACUAUUCAGACUCUAGAGCUUUCUCCUUUUACCCGCUUCUGGACUAUUUUUGUUUGUCAAGAAAUUAAAGGGUCGAUUGUUUGUCUAAAGCUAAAGAUGUAAAUGCUACAUUUGUUUUUACUUUAAAAGUGACAUUGGACACGUUUGUCUGGGGGUGGGUGUGUUUUUCAACAGCGACCAGGAAUGAAUCCAGCAGCUGCCCAGCGUUUAUGUCUUGUUAUUGCCUUUUUGUAUCGUUAACGGAAUUAGAAAGAUUCCUGCCUUAUCUGGCCUUUCGCCAUUUUUGUGGAUCAUAACAAUAAUGUUGGCUACUGGUCGGACUGGGUGAGGGUUUGAUUGGUGUGGUGGAGUCUAUCGUUCCGGAGAGAAUCUAAGCCAGGGGCGCAGAGUACAUCUCGGUGUGGAAACUGUGCUUCCCGAACAGCUAGACUCGAAUACAAAAAUAAGGAUAUUUAUUUGUUUGUCAUCUGACAUGAAGUAAACAAACGGCAUGAAAAAACUACUAUUUGUGUAUAUAUGCAUAUAUAAUCUUAAUAUGCAUGUAUUUCUUUAAUUGUAUCACGAAUCUUUGCCAUGGAAACACAGGCGGCCCCGACGGCUUCAGGAAAUCUCAUCGUUAGGAAUAAAAACUCCAAACCCGCAGUGUAUUAAACAAGCACCACGUCCCAUUCUAAACUGAAAUUUACAGAAAGGUCUUUGGAGAAAACAUAAGAUGCAAACUAUUACCAGCAGAAUACUAAAGCAGCUGUGAGCAGCAUUAUGGAUUUUUGAAUAUAUACAUUUUUUUGACAUUGUGUAGGGCCUAUGCUGUUUUUGUGCAACUGUUGUACCGAGAUAAACAGACGGAUUUAAAAUUAUGAAUAAACAACACAAUAUGAAUGGAUUUAUUCGAAUAAUUGCGCAUUGAUAUUUCCAAGGAUUUUUACAACCAAUCGAUUACAUUAGAAACAUAAAAAACCUCUAUUUUACAAAUCCAGAUAAUCGAACCCUCCAGCAAUUUAAACCUGCAUUUAUAUUAGUUUAUUUAUUUUUAAAAAAAUUAGCAAAAAAUAAAUAAAUAAAGAUUUCAGUAGCAUUUGUAUAAAAUAUUUAAGGUGGACCAUUGUGAAACCAGAAGUCUAGCAUUUCUUUCACAAAUUCAUACUUUAAAAAAAUAAAAUAAAAUAGGAGCAUACAUUAAUUGAAAAAAUCUAAAUAAAAUACAUUUACUCGAUUUAAGGUGGAAGGGAUUGGUUUCCUUUUUCCACGACAGAAUUACAAAUAUAUAUAUAUAUUGUUUGAGAAAGCUGGCCCAGUUUACAGUUAGGUCCUGUUUACAUAUAUAGUUUUUGUAUUUGACUAAAUUGAACAGGUACUUGAUAAACUGAAUAGCUGGGUUUGGAUAGUUGUAAAAAUGUUUGGAAAAUGUUAGAGGAUAACGUUUUAUACUUGUCAGACAUACAUAUAUAAACAGAAUAACCACUGGAGCUGUAGUUUUCUCAGAGUUACAAAAUGCCACGAAACCGUGCUUUCUCCGAGCCGGAGUAUUCUGCAGAGUACUCUGCAGAUUAUUCUGUGAGCCUGCCCUCAGACCCAGAGCAUGGAGUGGGGCGGAACCACGAGGUGACUGUGCGGAAUUCAGGUUACUGUUUGUGUCUGCCUCCCUUUAUGAGGCUGACCUUUGCCCCCGAGUCCCUGGAAAACCUCUACCAGACCUAUUUCCGACGGCAGCGUCAUGAGACCCUGCUGGUCCUGGUCGUGUUUGCCGCAUUGUUUGACUGUUACGUCAUCGUGAUGUGUGCUGUGGUGUACACCAAUAACAAGCUGGCCUCCACACUGGUGGCCUCCUUUGGUCUGGUCGCCCACAUCCUCCUGUAUCUACUGUGCAAGUUUAGAUUGCUCCCAGACCGCAUCUCACGCAAGGUGGUGCCCUAUGCCCUCUGGAUCCUCAUCGCCGCCCAGAUCUUCUCGUACUUGGGGCUCAACUUUGCCCACUUCCACCAGGCCAGCGACACUGUGGGCUGGCAGGCCUUCUUCAUAUUCUCCUUCUUCCUCACCCUACCCCUCCGCCUCAUGCCCAUCGUGCUGAUCACAACUGUUUCCUGUGGAAUCCACACACUGGUCCUGGGAGUCACCAUAGCUCAGCAGCAGCAGGAGGCUAUAGAGGGGCUGGCACUCGUCAGACAGUUGCUGGCGAACAUCGCUAUCUACAUGUGUGCCAUCUCAGUGGGGGUCAUGUCGUAUUACAUGGCAGACAGGAAGCACCGCAAAGCGUUUCUGGAAGCACGGCAGUCACUGGAAGUCAAGCUGAACCUGGAAGAGCAGAGCCAGCAACAGGAGCGGCUGCUGCUAUCCAUCCUGCCGAAGCACAUCGCUGAUGAGAUGCUGAAGGGCAUGAAGCAGCAAGAGAGUCAGAAAGAGAUGCAGCAAUUCAAUACCAUGUAUAUGUACCGGCACGAGAACGUCAGCAUCCUGUUCGCUGACAUCGUGGGGUUCACUCAGCUCUCCUCCUUGUGCAGUGCCCAGGAGCUCGUCAAGCUGCUGAACGAGCUCUUCGCUCGCUUUGACAAGCUGGCCCAGAAAUACCAUCAGCUGCGUAUUAAGAUCCUGGGUGACUGCUAUUACUGUAUCUGUGGGUUGCCUGAUUACCGAGAUGACCAUGCUGCAUGCUCCAUUAUGAUGGGACUGGCCAUGGUGGAGGCAAUAUCGUAUGUGCGUGAGAAGACAAAGACGGAUGUUGACAUGCGUGUGGGAGUGCACACGGGGACGGUGCUGGGCGGGGUUCUCGGGCAGAAGCGCUGGCAGUAUGACGUCUGGUCAACUGAUGUCACUGUCGCCAAUAAGAUGGAGGCUGGGGGCAUCCCAGGACGGGUGCACAUCUCCCAGAGCACCCUGGAGUCCCUCCAUGGUGAGUUUGAAGUGGAGCCAGGCGAGGGUGGCGAACGCUGUGAUUAUCUGAAGGAGAAGGGCAUCAAGACUUACCUAGUGCUGGUCCCAAAGACACCCCACAACAAGAACGGUAUCACCGGAGUUAAGCUGUCGCUCACCUCAUCCAAUGGGAACUCUCCAUUACUAAUCAAUACCAAGGAGUGCAAUGGCAGCAUCAACACAACCUGCACCACCCCUGACGAGGGAGAGGAACUUGACACCCGGGUGGUAAACCCUUCAUUCCCCAACCCGCGUCGCCGACUGCGGCUCCGAGACCUGGCAGAGAGGGUGAUUGAUGCUCAGCAAAACGAGCAAGAGCUGAACAAGUUGCUCAACGAGGCCCUUCUGGAGAGGGAGACCGUGCAGGCGAUGAAGGGUAAGCACACAAACCGGCUGUCGAUGCGCUUCAUCGACCCCGAGAUGGAGACUCGCUUUUCUGUAGAGAAAGAGAAGCAGAGCGGUGCCGCCUUCAGCUGCUCCUGUGUCGUGCUGUUCUUCACUGCCAUCAUGGAGGCUCUCAUAGACCCUGCACUCAUUGCCAACUACGUAACCUUUGUUGUCGGGGAGAUCCUGCUCCUGAUUCUUACAAUCUGCUCUCUGGCAGCCAUCUUCCCACGGGUAUUUCCCAAGAGGCUGGUGUCCUUCUCCACCUGGAUCGACCGUACACGAUGGGCGCGGAACACCUGGGCCAUGUCUGCAAUCUUUAUACUCACUAUGGCUGACAUUGUCGAUAUGCUGAGCUGUCUGCAGCCUCCCCACUCCACCUUGAAUGGGAGCUCAGUGGCAGUGAAGUUAGUGGCUGCUGUGGAUGACAUUGGCUGCAUGGAGAACCCCAAGUACUACAGCUACAUUGCAGUGCUGGCACUCAUUGCCACCACCAUGCUGGUGCAGGUCAGCCACAUGGUGAAGUUAACCCUCAUGGUGCUCAUCACCGGGGCCAAUGGAGUAGUCAACAUCUACAGCUGGAGAGAUAUCUUCGACCAGUAUGACUACACGCGCUUCGGUACCCAAACGGCCUCCAAUGUGCCUUCCAAGUACUCCAUGACCGUGAUGAUCUUCAUCAUGAUGUUGUGUUUCUACUACUUUGCUCGACAUGUAGAGAAACUGGCCCGCACGCUGUUCCUGUGGAAGAUUGAUGUUCAUGACCAGAAGGAGAAGGUAUAUGAGAUGCGGCGCUGGAAUGAGGCUCUGGUCACCAACAUGCUCCCGGAACACGUGGCACGUCACUUCUUGGGCCACAAGAAACGAGAUGAGGAGCUGUACAGUCAGUCGUAUGAUGAGAUUGGGGUGAUGUUUGCCUCAAUCCCAAAUUUCUCUGAUUUCUACACUGAAGAGAGCGUCAAUAAUGGAGGGAUAGAGUGUCUGAGGUUCCUUAACGAAAUCAUCUCAGACUUUGACAGUCUUCUGGACGAGCCUCAGUUCCGGUGCAUCACGAAGAUCAAAACCAUCGGUAGCACCUACAUGGCAGCCUCCGGAGUCACACCAGAUGUGAAUACCAACGGCUACAACAGCAACUUCAAGAAAGAGGAGAUUUCAGAGAAGGAGCGAUGGCAGCACCUGGCAGAUCUGGCAGAUUUUGCCCUUGCCAUGAAGGUCACCCUGAUGAAUAUCAACUACCAGUCCUUCAACAAUUUCAUGCUGCGCAUCGGUCUGAAUAAGGGAGCCGUCCUGGCUGGAGUGAUCGGCGCCCGGAAACCUCACUAUGACAUCUGGGGAAACACAGUGAAUGUAGCGAGCAGAAUGGAGUCCACAGGGGUGAUGGGGAACAUACAGGUGGUGGAGGACACUUCUGUGAUCCUGAGGGAGUACGGAUUCCGCUUUGUGCGCCGCGGCCACAUCUUUGUGAAAGGCAAAGGAGAGCUGCUGACCUUCUUCCUUAAGGGAAGGGAGAAGCAGGGCUCCUUCAUCAAUGGCUCCUCCGUCACCCUGCCGCACCAAGUGGUGGACAGCUCGUGAUGAGGCUGAGCCAGUACCACCAGGCUCUGCACCACACUGGAUACUGAGCCAAGCCAAAGAAUCAGACACACAGACAGAGACCAAGACUGACUCCUGCAACCGGACCACAGAUAUGAAAAAACAUUUUACAAAUCCUCUUUAAAACUAAUGAAUUAAUCAUAAAAAUAACUUGGUUUAAUCUCGGUAUAUCCUUGACACUUGACAAAGGGAUAUUUUGCCUGUUCCACAACUGCUUCUAGAGAUUAAAGAGUUUGUUUGAGACUGUCCUCUUUCAAACUUCCUGCCGUAUGCAGAGGGUAUCCCACUACCCUGGAACUCAGCACACAAAUAGAAAUAACAAAUCUUGGCCAUUUAUCUUUGUACAGCACCUUUGAACUACCUUAAGCGUCAGUUAACAUCAAGCAAGAAAGCAGCUGGGGAAAUUGACAUUAUGUGCACAAGCUUGCAUUACUGACUUAAAAUGGGAUUGUUUAACUGCAGGGCUACCUGAUCCAGCAGGGUUAGCUUUCAACCCAUUCAAGCUGGAUGUUAUUUAUUGUAUACGUUUUCUUGCAGUUUAUUCCUCAAUCCCAGAUUGGAUGGACGUGCAAUAUUUUGUUCUUCACAACCAAACUCGCUCCAUGUCUCUUUGAUGAGGCACAUUUUUCUAUCCAUAUUGUGUAUGCUCUUAUGCAAGUAGUAAACAGUUGAUAAAAAGAUAGGUACAAUACUAAUUUAGACCUCAAAACAUUCUAAAGAGAAGGCUGUACACAAGCGUCACAUGUUGUUUUGAACCAGAAUACUCCCAAAUUUUGAUCAGUCCAGGAACUUUAGGUUUUAAACUGUAAAUUAGUUCUGAAUUAUGUCUUGUUUAAAGAGGUAUGUAAAAAUAAAUUGAACAGAAUAUGCUGCCACUCUGUGCUGGUUUGUGUGCAACUGCUGCUUCUGCUCCCCUUUAUAUUCUAUUAUACAUAUUAUAUAUUAAUAUAUAUUUAAAAAAGAACAAGAAAAGUUUUAUUAAAAGUUGAGAUUUAACU